AUGAAUAUAAUUUCUGACAAAGAAAUCCUCGAAGUACGAACCUCUCAAGUUUUCCGAUUCAGUGUAUACUUUAUAGAUACUUCCUGCAUUAUUUCUAUGGCGGUUACAGUCUUAGCAAUAUUCCAACUUCAUUCAAAACAAGUCUUCAAUCCUUCAACCACCCGUCUAUUGAUCACUGAUCUAGUGUUCAUAAAUAUUCAUAACUUAUCAUAUAUCUUCCUACAAAACUGGUCACUAUUCCGGUCGUUUUUCUAUCAAACUGCCAAUGAUAUUAUGUUCAAAAGUGAAGAAUGUUGGCCGCACCACGUGACUAAUGAGUUCACUAAAGUUGUUACAGUAUUCAAUCAAUUCGCAUUGAUUAUUAAUAGAAUAUCAGUGACGAUUGACAGUAAAAGAUUUUCACAUGCAAAUUAUGGAUUUCUUCUUGCCAUACUUUCGUUAAUUGCAAGUACGGUAUUCACAGCUCAACAACAUUUCCUUGGGCCAAUUCAUGGAAUGAGGACUACAAGUUGCUUCCGGGAAUCCGAUGUUGUUUUGGACUUGAAAACAGAGCAUAUAAUUCCAUAUCUUGCAAUUUGUCUUACCUCAAUAGUUUGCUCUUUGCUUCUCAUCAUUUAUGUGAAGAAGACUCAAAAAACAAAAACGUACGACAUUGAGUCUGAAUAUACAAAAAAGGAAGCCGUAGUUUCAAGUAUUUCCGUGGCAAUUCUGGGAAUUAUUCAACUGGUUUUAUUUUGCUUCUAUGACACUUUUCUUACGAUUUUCGCAAAACUUACUGCUGAAAAUCCAAAUGUUCAUGAUACAAAUAUUAUUGGAUGGUUUUAUACAUCUCCAUUGAAUGCAAUUAUUUCUCCCACUGCCGUAUUUUUAUAUAUUUCAUGGAUAAAGAAAAAUAGACAAAUGCAUAUACGAAAAAUGACAAAAGUCAAUAAAUCUGAAAAUGGUUGUCAUUUUCAACAACUUUCUGUAAUGUGGAAUAAAUGAAUUUUGAUGAUUUU